AUCUCUCUCAAGAAUCUCCACGACGACUGCACUUCGCCCUUUCUCUCUCUUACUACUUCCUACUUUCUCUCUCUAAGUCUGCCGUCAUUUGGCCCUUCCUCUCUCUUUCCUACUCUGCGAUCUCUCCCGCGAUCAACCAAUGCCGAUGGAAGUAAGGUUAUUGCUUCUCUAGUAAUUGGUCAAUUACUGAAACAAGUUUUUAAUGGAGAAACUCUUUGUAGAUAUGAUGAUUGGGGUCAAUUGGGUUUGAAUGAUGGCUGGAAAUCUGAGGUUUGAAUCAAGCUCAGCUAGUCCUGAGGAAUAUGCUUUUGGGAACUAUCAAAAUGGGCAGAGGGGAAAUUAUCCUGGUGCCAGCUUGGAUAGGUCAGGAAGCUUCAGAGAGAGUGGUGAAAGCCGGAUGUUUAAUUCUAUGACUAAUAUGUCCCGUGGGAGUGCUGCAUCAAUGGCAGAUGUACCUCCACUUUCUCAAUGCUUGGUGUUGGAUCCCAUUACAAUGGGAGAUCAAAAAUUGAUACGGUCAGGAGAAUUGAGGAGAGUUUUAGAAAUUUCUUUGGGCAACACUGCAGAAGAUAAUUCUUUCAAAACAUCUCAUAUGAAGACUACCCCUCCAGUUGUUACAGAGAAACUCAAACGGAUUAGAGAUAGUAUUUUUGAUGCCUCUAUGAAGGCCAAGGCUAGGACAAAAAAGUUGGAUGAGUCCUUACAAAAUUUGAACAAAUACUAUGAAGCUCCAGGCUCGAAGAAGCAACAACGGAAUGAGAUAUUAACAACUGACCGACCUGGUGGCUCAAAUUUGUUGAAGAUGGGUUCUCUAAUGCAUCGAAAUCCUCCAGACCUAGUGAGUCAAAGGCUGGAGGACAGGAAUAAGAAUGUUGUUUUGAAUAAGCGUGUUCGCUCCUCAAUAGCAGAAUUACGGGCUGAAAGCCGUUGUAACAAUCCUGCUAAGCAGCAUCUAGUCAUGGGAAGAGACAAGGACAUGCUCAAGGAUGGUGGUGAAGGUUCUGAUAUGGUUGAAGAAAUGAUACGUAGAUUGCCAGCUGGAGCGGAAGGGUGGGAAAAGAAAAUGAAAAGGAAACGGUCAGUAGGAACUGUUUUCUCCAGACCCAUGGAUGGUGAUGGAGAGCUUAAACGGGUCAUACAUCCUAAGCUUAAUGGUGAAUCUGGUCUUCAAUCUCCUGAUGCUCAAGGCUUCAGAUCAGGAUUGUCUAGUAGCACAAAUGGCGUGAACAAGUUUGACAAUGCUUCCCUAGCUGCAAGUCCAAAUGUCCAUGGGAUUUCGAAGAAUGAAAUAGAGAAGCUUUCUCUCUCAAGGGACCCCAUGACUGGAUCAACCAAGGAGCGAACUUUAGCAAAAGGAAAUAGUAGGUUAAAUAUACGUGAAGAUAAUCAUUCAAUGAGUCCUAUCACAUUGAUAAAAGGAAAAGCCUCCAGGGCUCCCAGAACAGGUCCUGUAACAUCAACAAACUCGUCUCCUAAUUUUCCUAGCCCACCUGGAUCACUUGAUGGAUGGGAACAAUCUCCCAAUAUAAACAAAGUCCAUGCAAUUGCUCUGGCUAACAACCGUAAGCGUCCUUUGCCCAGUGGGUCUCCCUCACCUCCUAUGGCUCAAUGGGUUGGUCAGAGACCCCAAAAAAUUUCUCGGACAAGGAGAACAAAUCUGGUCUCUCCUGUCUCCAACCUGGAUGAGAUGCAAGAAUCACCGGAAGGGUGUCCACCUUCUGAUUUGGGCCCCAAAAUGACUUCUGUUGGGAGUAAUGGAUCACUUCUUGCCAAGGGGGGUAUUAAUGGCACCAACCAGCUUAGAUUGAAGCAUGAAAAUAUUUCUUCCCCAGCUAGGUUAUCUGAAAGCGAGGAAUCUGCUGAAGGUGAAAAGCGUGAAAGUAGAGUGAAAGAUAAAGGAUUAGGAAAUAGUAUUGAAGUAGAGGAAAGAAAUAUAAAUGAUCUUCAGAAUGAUGGGUCUCCCAUGUUGUUUACAAAGAAAAAUAAAACACUCAAUAGGGAAGAAGUUGGAGAUGGUGUACGGCGACAAGGACGGACUGGUAGGGGCUCAACAACUUCCAGGGUUAGUGUUUCGCCAGUGAGGGAGAAAUUGGAAACACCAACCUCAACCAAGCCACUUAAAAAUUCAAGGCCUGGUUCUGAUAAGAGUGGCAGCAAGUCAGGGCGGCCCCCUCUAAAGAAACUAUCAGAUCGCAAGGUUACCCGUCUUGGACUCACGCCAACUGGUUCCCCAGAUUGCACAGGUGAAUCAGAUGAUGAUCGUGUGGAAUGUUUGGCUGCUGCAAAUUUUGCUUGCAAUUCUAGCUAUCUUAAAUGUUCUAGUUUAUUCUGGAAGAAAAUGGAACCAGCAUUUGCUUCUGUCAGCAUAGAGGGUAUCUCAUACUUGAAGCAACAGUUGGAAUCUUUUGAGCAUCAUGAGAGCUUGUCCCAGGGUGAUCUGAUGCACGAACAAAACUUUCUGUCUCAAACUUCUGUUUUUGGAGAAAGACAGGGAAGCAUGCGCAAUGGUAUUCAAUCAAAUGAAUCAAGGACAGCUAAUAUGGUUGAUCAAUUUCAGGAUGAUUGUACUUUUUCUGAAAGAUCAAAUGUGGAAAGAGGCAGCAAAUUACCUCCAUUGUACAAGAGAGUAUUGUCAGCUCUAAUUGUUGAAGAUGAAACAGUGGAAUUUGAGGAAAAUGGUGGACAGUGCAAUAUGAUUUUUCAGUCUAAUAGUGAUAAUUUGUCUGGUGGUACAUGCUCUCCAGCUGAUGCUCAGACUACAAAAAGGCCAAGACUUGAGGUUGAAUAUGAAUCUUCAUGUCUUCAAACCCAUAGGCAGAAUAAUGUUCAAGGAAUCUCUUGUAAUGGGUAUGCAAACUUUAACAGGUGCUCAAGCUUCCAUGCCAGAGCACAAAAUGAUGAUAUGCUCCUAGAUGAUUGUGAAUUUUUAGAUCAAGAUACUGGAACGUUUUCCAAGUUUCACAAAAGCUGUAGUGAUGGAUCACUGUCUGUGCAUGUAACUACUGGUGGAAUUUCUUCCCCUGUUUGCCAAUAUGAGCAAAUUUGUGUGGACGACAAACUCAUGAUGGAGCUGCAGAGUCUUGGUAUUUAUGUUGAUGCUGUGCCUGAUCUAGCAGAUGGAGAAGACGAAGCAAUUAAUGAAGACAUUGGCAAACUACAGAAGGGGCGCCAUCACCAGGUUGAUAAAAAGAAUGCACACUUGAAAAAGAUAAUUAAAGCAAUGCAGGAGGCCAAGGAACUGGAGGGAGGGAGCCUUGAGCAGGUUGCGAUGGAUAGACUUGUUGAGCUGGCUUAUAAAAAACGGCUGGCUACACGGGGAAGUACUGCUUCCAAAAGUAGUAUCCCUAAGGUUUCAAAACAUGUUGCCCUUUCUUUUAUGAAGAGGACUCUUGAUAGAUGCCGGAAACUUGAAGAAACUGGCAAAAGUUGCUUUACUGAGCCUGCACUUCGGGACGCCCUUUUUGCUCCAGCCCCUAGGCAAAAUGAUGCACGUGGGACACCUGAGAAUCAUGGCUGUCAAAUGGAGCCUGGGAUGCAAGCAGGGCACCUCACUGGCGGGGAUCAGCACCCCCAUACUGAUAAAAUGGGCAGGGUUCCAUUUGAUGCCUUAGGCACUUUUACAACUUUCUCUGAACAGGACUUUGCCAAAACUGGGCCAAUAUUAAACAGAGGGAAGAAAAAGGAAGUGCUACUAGAUGAUGUUGGUGGGAGUGCUUCCUUGAGAGCUGCAUCAAUGCUUGGCAAUACUUUGCUUGGUGGAGCAAAGGGAAAGAGAAGUGAAAGAGAAAGAGACAAAGAUAUCAGAAGUAACAUUGGCAAAGCUGGUCGUGCAUCAAUAAGUGAUACCAAGGGAGAGCGUAAAACAAAAUCAAAGCCUAAGCAUAAGACAGCUCAGCUAUCAACCUCAGGAAAUGGAUUGAUCAACAAGUUUACAGAAACAACCCAUCCUGUGUAUUCCUCAAGUAGUGGCAAUAAGAAAAGAGAAGUUGGUUCAACCCGUGAUAAUGCUCCCCAACAUGAAUCUCAAGAAAUGAAGGAAAAUCUAGAUUUGCCGCUCCCUGGAUUUGACUCCAUAGAAGAACUAGGGGUGGCAAAUCAAGAUCUUGAUGCAUGGCUGAACAUUGAAGAAGAUGGUUUACAAGACCAUGACCUAAUGGGUCUUGAAAUACCUAUGGAUGACCUCUCGGAGUUAAAUAUGUUUUGAGGAAGGAAGACUGCACACUGUACAUUCCCAUGGAUUAUAUCAAACUGCUCAGAUUAGGAUGACUGUGCUGUUGUCAGGUAAACCUGCAAAUGCAUCUGAAGAAUCAGCACUUGUAAUUAUCUCCAUUCUUUUUUAUACUUCUCUGAUGAAGUUAUUUAGGAUAAGGAAACACUUCUCUGAUAAAGUUAUUUAGGAAAC